AAAACUUCCGCGGCCGGCCAGCCUACCAAGGCGGCUGUCCAGUGUCUACCACUCUGAGUCUUUUAAGUAGUCAACUAGAUGCCCCAGUAGGGCACGACGUAUCCACUGCCUCGUGUCAAGUCCCAGUUCUUGUCUUUCCCUCGAGGGGCAGGUCAUGGCUCGUAUCUAUGCCGGUGCGAAUGCACAACUGGGACGCUCAUGGUACGACUAUGACAAUUUCCGAAUUGAGUGGAGUUCUCCCGAACGCUAUGAGAUCGUCGAUCGCGUAGGAGGCGGGAAGUAUAGCGAGGUGUUCGAAGGGUUGGAUACCGCUAACUCUGAGAUUUGUAUCAUCAAAGUACUCAAGCCUGUAGCCCUCAAGAAAAUCAACCGUGAAAUUAAGAUUUUGCGCAACCUCACUGGAGGCCCAAAUGUUGUUGCCCUUCUUGACGUCGUUCAAGACCCUUCAUCGAGAUACCACAGCUUAAUCAUGGAAUAUACUAUCAAGUUCUAUACUUUCCAGCUCCUCAAGGCUUUGGAUUUUGUGCAUUCGCGAGGAAUUAUGCAUCGUGAUGUGAAACCGGGAAACGUCAUGAUUGAUCACCGACACCGGAAGUUACGGCUCAUCGAUUGGGGGCUGGCUGAAUUCUAUCAUCCUGGGACAGCAUAUCAUAUUCGUGUCGGUUCACGGUACUACAAAGCGCCCGAAUUGCUCGUGGGGUAUAAGCUGUACGAUUACAGCCUUGAUCUGUGGAGCGUGGGAUGCAUGCUUGCCUCGAUGCUGUUUCGCAAAGAGCAUUUCUUCCGUGGUUCGGAUAAUAAUGACCAACUCUUGAAAAUCAUGAAAGUUCUAGGAUCUGACAGUUUCGACGCAUACUUGAAGACAUAUGACAUAUCAUUCGAAACAGACAUGGAGGCCCUUUUGCACUCUUAUCCGAGACAGUCUUGGGCACGUUUUGUUAGUGCUGAAAACCAGCAGUUUGUAACAUCAGAGGCACUGGACCUUCUUGAUAAAUUACUCCGUUACGAUCAUCAGAAGAGGCUAACAGCACGGGAGGCUCAAGCCCAUCCAUAUUUCAAUUUGGUGAGACUCGAGGCAACAUCAAUUAAAGGAGACUCGGCGGAGUAUGUUAACGACUCUGGAUUCUGUUCCAUGUAAUGUAACUAGGGGGGUUCAUGCUGUGUAGGUGUACUGUUGGAUCUCACACUUGUAGGAAAAUCUGUUGUAUCGGGCGAAGUUGUCACUAUUAGGGUCAGGACGCUCAAGUUGGAGAAUGUGAUCAGAAUUCAAGCACACAUUGUUGCAUCAAAA